AUGGGGGCUGGGCUCAAGGGCAGCCAUCUUGUCUGUGACCACAAGAAUGGCUCUUCUGCAACAUGGGAGAAGAAGAAGCCAGAUGCACCCCAUUGUCCUCCCUGGCCUCCUCUCCUGCCUGUGGCUCUGCUGCUGUCAUUUCCUGGAGGGCCUCUGGCCAUGGCUUGGCUCCUGCUUCUGCUGCUAUCAGCAUGUCUGCAAGCUGGAUGCUCAGCAGGAUACAACAGAGAAAAUACCUAUGGGGUGAACCAGCCAGCAUGUCUCUCUGGUGUCCAGGGCGGCUCCAUCGAGAUCCCAUUCUCCUUCUACUUCCCCUCGGAAUUGGCAGAGGAUCCUCAGAUGAGCAUAGCCUGGAGAUGGAAGCACUUCCAUGGGGGAUUUAUCUACAACUCCACCUCAGGUUUCAUACACAAGCAUCUCAAGAACAGGCUCGCCCUGAACUGGAUACCGGGUCAGACAUCUGGAGUCCUCAGAAUUCUGAACCUUCAGGAAGAUAACCAGACCUCGUAUUUCUGUAAAGUUUUUCUGCUAACGACAAAAGGCAGGAAGAGAUGGCAGUCGAUUGAGGGGACCCAACUCACCAUGACACCUGGUGAUCCAUCCCUCCCCCUGGCCUGGCUUCUAGGCCCCCUGACCUCCUCAUACUGUAGAUUUCAUUAAGAAGCCUGCACUUCUGAUCAUUUUCCCUGAUUUUUCUCUGUGUCUGUCGCCUCCCCUGAGCUCUGCCAACAAUGUUACCUUUCCUCUUCCCCAUAAACAUCUUAGCAGCCCUCCCUGAGCUGGUCCCUCACUGUACCCUCAGAUCCAGACCACUCCGGA